AUGUGUCAGUCGACUUCUGCAAGAAUUCCUCAAAAUUCUUUGCUUAAACGUGGUGAUGAGAAAGAUGAGAAAACAUGUUAUGAUUAUGUCGUUGCAACUGCAGAAUUUGACGAUGACAAUGGUGUAACCGGUCUUGUUACUUUAGUCCAAGACAAUCAUAGUGAUAGAACCUUUGUCGAUGGCCUUUUCUCAAAAGGUUUUGAUGAUCCAGAAAAAAAUUGUUAUGGUCUCAUUCUCGAAGAUUGUGAUGGCAAUGUUGCCUAUAACUUGACGGAUGAAUUAUGCUUUGAUGGCUGUGGUGGUACUAAACCAUUUCAAGAUCACAUUCACUUUGACCUCUUCAAAUUUUUAUUCGGUAAAGAUAAGAGGAAACGUCAAAAUGGUCCUAGUCUUACUGUUACAAAUAAUGGUCAACCUCAAGCUAGCACCAAUGUCGUUCAACAAGCGCCACCGA